AUCAGUUUCAGUCUGGUUCCGACCGUGCUUGGACGACAUGCCAUUGCGUAAAUAUGCGAAUAAAUAUAGCAGCAUGAGUCAGUGAUAUUGUGAAUCGUUUGCGGUUUGUAUCCUACAAAGAUUAGAGCAAUCACAAUCAAGCAAUAACAAACAUAAAUAUCAUAAUUAGCAGUACGAGCGGUCAGCGGCGAGCGGAGGCCGGCGAGCCUCUCAGCAUCAGUUAUUAAAACAUCAGCAAGGCAUACAGUCGUGUCAAAAUGGCGAGGAGUUUGCGUCUACUUCAACGGACAUUUAAUAAGUUUAAUGAAUCCUGUGUGAGAUAUAAUAGUGUGUGGACGAGUGAUGGAAUAAUAAAUUCGCCAUAUGAAAAAAUAAAGGACAUACCAAAUAUUACACUUUACGAAUAUAUAUGGCAAAAUUUGGAUAAAUGGCCAGAAAGGACGGCUUCGAUAUGUUCGGCCACUGGACGUGGAUACACCUAUGAACAAGCAUUCAAAUUAUCAAAUACUUUCGCUGCUAAUCUCAGGAGAAAAUUAAACAUUCGUGAUGGCGACACAGUUGCGGUUAUCCUGCCGAAUGUCCCAGAUUUUCCACUGGUUGCUUUGGGUAUUUUGGAAGCUGGCGGAGUUAUAACAACCGUCAAUCCUAUUUACACUGCACAUGAAAUCCAACGUCAACUUUUGAUGUCUGAUGCAAAAGUUGUUGUGACACUCCCAGAUAGAGUUGGUGUGGUUCGGGAUGCUUUAAAAAUAGCCAAACUUAAUUUACCAAUAAUAGUUGUGAAAACAAACGGACAAUCCAUAGCUGAUGGAACAAUAGCAUUUAAUGAACUAAGCGAAGAUGUUCACGUUGACAAAUCGUGUCUAAAAGAAGUAAAACGAAAUAUAAAUGAUAUUUGCUUUCUUCCUUAUUCAAGUGGAACUACUGGGCUGCCGAAAGGAGUUGAAUUGACUCAUAAAAACAUUAUUGCUAAUUGUGAACAAAUUAAUGAGCCAAAGAUAAUGUGUCACAAUGAAACUACAGCAAAACACCAAGAUUCGGUUUUAGCGGUUCUGCCAUUCUUCCAUAUUUAUUCAGCAUCAGUGCUGAUGUUCCACAAGAUGUCGCAGGGAAUCAAGUUGGUUGCGGUUCCGAAGUUUCAGCCGGAGGCAUUUCUACACGCUCUUGAAAAGUUCAAAGUUAAUAUCCUGUUCUGUGCUCCUCCAAUAGUGUUUCUGAUGGCGUCACACCCGGCGGCGAAUUCAAAGACAUACCAAUAUUUAGACAUAGUAAUAAAUGGUGCAGCUCCCUGUGCAGCGUCUGAUGCUGAUCGGUUUCUUGCUAAAGUAGAGCGAAAAAUCCGUUUUGGACAAGGAUACGGCCUUACGGAGACUUCACCAGUUGUGUGUAUAGGUGCAAAGGGGUGUACAGACUAUAGUGUUGUUGGAAACGCUGUACCUAGUACGGAGCUUAAAAUUGUCGACCAAGACUUGAAGACUUUGGGACCUAAUCAGCUCGGUGAGCUAUUGAUACGAGGUCCUCAAGUCAUGAGAGGAUACAGGAAUAAUCCUGAAGCGAACGCUGCAACAUUCAGCGAUGAUUGGUUUAGAAGUGGUGACGUCGCUGUUGCCGAUGAGAAUGGAGUCAUCAAAAUUGUUGAUAGAUUUAAGGAGCUUAUCAAGGUGAAAGGAUUCCAAGUACCUCCAGCUGAGCUAGAGGCAGUACUUCGCGACCAUCCUUCAGUGAAAGAUGCUGCUGUCAUUGGAGUUCCACAUUCCAGCAAAGGAGAAGCACCGAAGGCCUUCAUAGUACUUAAAAAUGACGCCAAAGCUAACGUUAAAGACAUCACCAGUUUCGUCAACGAGAGAGUAGCUUCAUACAAACAAGUGAAUGACGUAGUGUUUAUAGAUUCUAUACCGAAAACAGCGUCAGGAAAGAUACUCAGAAAGGAAUUGAAGGAGAUGAAUUGAUUUUACUUCUUUGAAUUUUGUAUUUUGAUGCUUUAAAUAGGUUGAAAUGAUUACAGUUGUAGGUGAAGAGUUUUAUAUUUGAAAACAAGAAAUAAAUACUCUAUUUUAUUAAAGCGAAAACAAUUAAUACAAACUGAGAAUAGAGUUGGGGCCCAUUUUGGAUUAAAGUUAUUUUCCCUAACUCGGCUUAAAGCUGCUGUCACUAGCAACACUGUUUUUCAAUUGAUCAAACUAUCUUGGAGUGACAGCUGUACUAAACAAAACAGAAACUUAACAAUUAAAAAAAAUAUAAAGA